CGUCCGAAGCACACAGCGGUAUAUAAUGGUUAGGAAAACCGAGAACACUUUGUGAAACCUCCUAAACUACACUACUAUUAUUUGGGAAAUUCCCAAGAUGCUUUAACAGUUAAUAUAUUACUAGGUGGAGAACUGUAGAAGCACUAGUUACAGUAGGAAUUCAAAGCAUUAAAUAAUAGAAGAAAAGGGGCAUUUGUUUCACUUUUUGCUGCUUUUGAUCACAUCCAUUCUCCCAUGGCUCGACCAUCGUGGCUGGUUGAUAGUAACAGAAUUGCAACCAAAAUUAGGAGUGCAUCUGGCGCAAGUGAUCUGCAACAAGUUAACUGGACAAGCAAUCCUACAAAAACUUGCCCAAAUUGUCAGCAUGUCAUUGACAAUAGUGAUGUCACCCAAGAGUGGCCGGGAUUACCGCGAGGGGUAAAGUUUGAUCCAUCUGAUAAAGAAAUUAUUUGGCAUUUACUUGGAAAAGUUGGUAUUGAAAAUAUGAAGCCCCAUCCUUUUAUUGAAGAAUUUAUUCCAACUGUUAAUGAAGAUGAUGGAAUCUGCUAUACUCAUCCUCAAAAUUUGCCUGGUGUUAAACAGGAUGGGAGUGUAGCACACUUUUUUCACAGGGCAAUCAAAGCUUAUAAUACUGGAACUAGAAAACGUCGUAAGAUACUCGGUGACAGUUCUGGAGAUGUUCGUUGGCAUAAGACUGGUCGGACAAAGGCUGUUCAUUUGGAUUGUAUACAAAAAGGAUGUAAAAAAAUUAUGGUGCUGUAUCUUAGCCCAGUAAGAGGUGGCAAGCCAGAGAAGACUAAUUGGGUGAUGCACCAGUAUCACCUCGGUACAGAGGAAGAUGAAAGGGAGGGAGAAUAUGUUAUCUCCAAGGUCUUUUAUCAGCAGCAACAGGUCAAGCAGAAUGAAAAGGCUGAAGUAGAAGUUCCAGAAGAUGAUGCCUCGAUUGUCAAGGUAGAUCCUGUUACUCCCAAGUCUGUGACCCCUGAACCACCUCGUACUGAAAGCCGCUUCCCUGAUUGUGAUGCCCAAGAAUCUGUUCUUCCAGCGGCUCAGCAUCAUGGUGUGGUUUGCAUGGAAGAUGAGGUUAGACCUCCAAGCGACCAGCCCAAUUGUGAAGAUCCCGUCUCUGCUGUGGAUCUUGCUGAUCAACAGGAUGAUAAAACCGACAAUGAUGCUGGUGAGAAGAGAGAGUGGUGGGAUAGUGAAUCACAAUACUUGCUAGACUCACAGCAACUUGUAGAAGCACUAUCUUUAUGUGAUGAGUUUCUACGGAGCCAAUCUCCAAACAGAGAUGGAGAUAAAAAUGAGCAAGAAUUAAAACCCAAACCUCGUCUUGCUGAUUAUGCCCACUUAGGACCUGAACAUUUGAAGAAAGAUUUAGAAGAGUGCCAAGAUCUGGUCCUUGAUCCAGUAAACCUGGAGCUAGAUACACCUCCUGACUUCCGGUUGAGCCAGCUUGUGAGUUCAAGCCUCCUCUCUCUGCUUCAUAUUAUUAUAUUAAUGGUCUACUUUAUCUUGGAAUUUGCAUCUCAGGAUAGUUUUAUAUCAUGGGGUGGAAACAAAUCUGCUGACAUUGAGGAGCACGGUACUUGACAAGCACGGAAUGGAGAGAAAGGACCACUGACUUUUGGCUGUCAAUUUGAAGCUUCUUGCUAAAAAUGUUCAUUUUGAAUCAGAAUACUUGAAUGAUGUAUAGGCCCAUAUAGUAGCCCAUGUUUUGACUAGCUUCUCAGUUGAACGUAAGUUUGUAUGACAGCUUCCUUGUACCUGUUACAAUUGUCACUUGAUGGGUAUGCUCUUGUUCAUUUUAUCAUAACUAAAAUGUGAUGUGGUUUAUGUGCUUUUCUGACA